AUGGUGCCCAAAGACAGUUUCACCAACGCGCUGACAAAGAACAUUGUGGCGAUGUUGGUAUGGCUCACUCUCAGCAUCAUCAACAGCAGCAUGGUCCACACCUUCCUGCGACAUGGCCUGUUCUAUGAGAAUCCGCGCUACAUCAUGUUCGUCUGCAUGGUGAUCAACGACGCGCUGCAGCUCAGUCUGGUGACGGCGCUCUACGUGGUCAGCUACAUCUUCAGGAAGAUCCACGCGUCCGCCUGCUGCCUCCUGAUCAUGACGGCCGUCCUCACCACUCGCUCCACACCGCUGAUUCUCGCCGGCAUGGCGGUGGAACGCUAUAUCUCCAUCUGCUUCCCUCUGCACUACAGCCAGAUGUGCACGGUCCCCCGAACCCGGCUCCUCAUCUGUGUCAUCCUCAUCCUCACAGCGACGCCACCCAUCACAGACCUGCUUAUCACCAUCGCCGUGCAGCCGUCCAGCUUCUUCCACAGCUCCAUCUUCUGUGACCAUUCGCUUCUCUUCCAUCAUCCCUCCAUCUACGUUAAGAACGUGGUGUUCGACGUCACCUACCUGUCCUUCGUGGCGCUCACGCUGGUCUACACCUACUGCAAGAUCAUGCUGACUGCGAGGGCGGCCUCCAUGGGUCUGGCCUCCGUCAAGAGGGCAAGGAACACCGUGCUGCUCCAUGGUCUGCAGCUGCUCCUCUGCAUGCUGGCCUUCGUGGUGCCUUCUCUGCAGGCCGCCCUCAUCACUCUGUUCCCCCGCCUCAGCCUGGAGAUCCGCUACGUCUUCUUCCUGGUGGUCUACAUCAUCCCUCGCUUCCUCAGCCCCGUCAUCUACGGCUUCAGGGACAAGCAGUUCUGCAAGUACUGGACCCGGUACCUGUCCUGCCAGGGCCACAGAGUCCAGCCGCUUCUGGCCAAAGCCCAAGUCCGGUAG